ACCCACAGCCUUGUUUGGGGAAUUGAAGGAGAAAUAAGGAGAGUGAACUAGAAAGUUCCCUGGAGAAAGCAGCGAAACUCAGAUGAACUCCUCCGCAACAAGGGGGACUGUUAUCUCCCGAGGAAACGUAGGAGGGUGAAGGGCAAGGGCAGAUGCAUUCUGCAAUGAUUAACGUAGGUGGGGCACCCAGCCCUCCCGUGACACGCCCUUCUGUUAAUUGGCUUGAUGACAGGAUAAGACAAAAAAAAGUCACAGACGAGACUCAGUGGGAGCUGAAAAGUCGGUUGCUGGUUCGUCUAUGGAGAUGGCUGCGGGGCCCCCGCUUCCCCUGGCGGCGCUCCCGGGGCUGCUGCUCUUCCUGUGUGCAGGGCCCUGGGCCGAGGGCGGGAAGGUGCUGGUGGUCCCCAUGGAGGGCAGCCACUGGCUCAGCAUGCGGAAGGCCGUGCAGGAGCUCCAUGCCAGGGGCCACCAGAUCGUGGUCCUUUCACCGGAGGUGACUCUGCACGUCAAGGAGGAAGACUUUUUCACCCUGAAAACCUACCCCAUUCCCUACACCCAGGAUGAAUUUCAGUAUCUCGUGUUGGGCCAGAGCCACCUGAUUUUUGAAAGAGUACACUAUCUAAAAGCAUUUUGGAAAAGCAUGGCAGUUUUGAAAAACGUGUCUGUCAUCUUUCAGAAGUCUUGUGAGGAGCUGGUGCGUAACGGGGACCUGGUCAGGCAGUUGAAUGCCAGUGCCUUCGAUGUGGUUUUGACGGACCCCGUCUACCCCUGCGGGGCAGUGCUGGCUCAGUACCUGUCCCUUCCUGCGGUGUUUUUCCUGCGUGCCAUCCCAUGCGACCUUGACUUUGAGGGCACGCAGUGCCCAAACCCUUCCUCGUAUAUCCCCAGGUUACUAACAAGGCAUUCGGACCACAUGACGUUCCUGCAAAGGGUCAAGAACAUGCUCUACCCCCUGGUCAUGCAGUACCCUUGCCACGUUUCCUUGUCUCCUUAUGCGAGCCUGGCCUCUGAGCUCCUGCAGAGAGAGGUGUCGCUGGCGGAUGUUUUCGGCUACGCGUCCCUGUGGCUGUUCCGAGGGGACUUCGUGUUGGACUACCCCAGGCCGCUCAUGCCCAACAUGGUCUUCAUCGGGGGCAUCAACUGUGCCCACAGGAAGCCACUGUCUCAGGUCUGUACCUGUGCUUGUGUGCAAUCCGUGCGUCGGGCGGGACUCGUUUUAUUUUUCCAACUCAGGCCAAGAGCUGGCGGACCUCCCCAUCUUCUCUGUGGGUUUUCGCCUCUCAUUCUCCGUCUGAGUCUUGGGUGAGAGAAACGGUUUCAGUGGCGUCAGCAGUGCGGGGAAGGUCUGUGA